AUGGAAAUACCUGGAUUAGUCGACAAUGGAAACUAUUAUACAACGGUUGUACCAACGAACAACAGUAUUUUCGUCAAUUGCAGUGAUGGGUGUAUAUAUGAAUACACACACGAUUUAACUUUGAAAUAUAGAUAUGAAGAUGUGAAUGCGUUGUGCUUUCAAAAAGAACAAAUUAGUGAUGAAACGUAUGGUGUUGAUAAAGAAGGCUCAGUCUUUCAAAUUGAUUCUCGUACAAAUACUUUAAAUUAUCUAUUUAAACCUAAAAACAGUAUUAUAGAAGAGAGUGGAAUUGAUGUGAAAAAUAAUUUUAUUGGUGUAGCGUACAACGAAGUUCUUAAGAUGAUUGACAAAAGGAAAGGCGUUGUUAUAUACAAAAUCGAUGAAGCGCAUAGUGACAAUAUCAUUUCAGUCAAUUUUCUUGAUGAAGAGACUGUAGUUACUGGUUCACAAGAUGGCUUGUGUUGCACUCUUAAUUUCAAAAAUCGGAAUGAAGGUAUUAUUGACACUGUUAAUAUAGAACGUCCUAUUUCGUAUGUCGCGAUUUUAAGUUCACACCACUAUGCAAUACAAAGUGAUGACAAUACCUUUGUGUUAUACAAUUACAACACUAAAGAAACUGAAGUUCAAGUAGAUGACUUUCGAUUGUCUUUUAUUCAAAGUACAGAUUUAUUAGUAGGGAGUAGUAUGCUUCCCGUGUUGGAGUAUAACAAGAAGAUAUUAGUUGGUGUUUCGACUUCCAAUGGCGAAGUGAUUUAUGGUGGAUAUGAAGGGACUGUCACACACAAAACAGUGUUUCAGAAGCACACAAGCCAAGUACGGGAUUGGUGUGUAUUUAACGACCGAAUGUACACGGUUGGAGAAGACUUAAACGUGUUUUCACUUUUUCUGAAAAGUUCAAUUGAUUGA